AUGGCGCCAAAUCCCGAUGUCACUACGAGAGCGCAGCAGGUUUUAGAGGCGUGGAGUCAGGGUUUCAAUGUCGGGGCGGUGAUUAUUCUGCUUCUGUUGGUUUUGUGCAAUUAUCGCAAGAAUACGCUUUUGCAUAAGCUUAUUCUCGGUGAGCUUCUUCUUGCACUUGGACAUGGGUUCUUUUGCUUCUUCGAUAAACCUGAAUAUGGAUGGGUCCUCAGCAGCACGGCAACUCUAUUAUAUAUCUCAUAUUUCAUCCAUAACCUCAUCGCAUGGCUCAAAAUCCGCCCAUUCCUCCCAAAAUGGGGAGCACGUGUCUUCAUCAUCUCACUUCUCAUCGUCCAACCCUACUGGGUUCUCGAAACAUGGGCCAACUUUCAAUAUCACAACCAUCUCGGUAGCAAAAUGUUCAACACAUCACGACUUCUCGAACCACUCUUCAGAGACCCCUGGUGGGUAUUUACAACUAUCAAACUGGUUCUGGCCAUCAACGAGAACUACGAGUUUACGAUCCCGGGUCUUAUUCGAACAAGCCCACGAUUUGGAAUCAUGUUGUUCUCUUUGUUCUUGUCCAUCGUGUUUUUGAUCACUGAUGUCAUUUUCAUGGUUGCCGUGUCGAAAAGAGGGGGGAUCAAUCCGUUUUGGAGGCUCGCAUUGGUUUUCAAAUGUGCUUCUGAUGUCAUUUUCCUGGAUGAUUUCAAGAGCGUCCUUGACAGGAUCUCAGAAUCAGCUAUGCGAAAGAUCACAACGUUCGAAUAUCGAGAUCACGCAUCACCGUCCAUUAACCACCAUGCCUCUGUUGAUUUUGCCUCGCCCAACUUCCAACCAAAAAGCUCGAGAUUCCAUUCGUCUUCCAGAGCGGAAAUGGGCUCUAUUCUUCAUCCAGUCGGAUCUCGAGAUGACGGACAUUAUGAAUUUGCUUCAAACUAUAGUCAGGCUUCUGUGGAGGACGGUGCUACACGGCCAUGGCUUGAAGACGAUACAAGACGUUCUAGCUCCCAUUCGCCGAGACGGAGAGGGGAGUCCCAGGAUAACAUGAUCACGAUCCAAGAGGAUGAUAGGACCGACGAAGUGGGGGAUAUCCCGAUGGAGCCAGUCAGGGCGCGGACAAGGAAUGAUGAAGCACGUUAA